UGUUGGCAACACUUUGUGUCAACUUUUGUGUCUUCAUCUAUGACUUUUGUAACCUAUAAUAUUGGUAUAAACAUUUAUGCUUUUUAGUGCUUUUGAUAAUGGAUAUUAAAUUAGAGUUCGGAGGUGGAGCCGAAUUGCUCUUCGAUAACCAGAAGCAGUAUAAAAUCACGUUGGAAAAUAAGAAAACACCAUGGCUGAUAGGCGAUUUACUAUUUUGGAUAAAAGACAAUCUGCUCAAGGACAGACCUGAACUCUUCCUGCAAAACGACUCUGUGAGGCCUGGAAUUUUAGUGCUAGUAAACGAUACAGAUUGGGAGCUAAUGGACACCGUUCGCUAUGAAAUCAAGCCCAACGACUCAAUACUGUUCAUUUCCACGCUGCAUGGAGGAUGAGUGUUGAUUUAUAUCUGAAUUGAACGAACUUCAGCCUUUUUAUAUUGUAACUUAUGUAAGUUUUAAUUUAAUAACAUAUAUUAAACAA